AUGAGCUGUAACACGGGGACUUCCUGAUCCUCUUACAUUUAUAAAUAGCAAGACAGAGCCCGAAACAGCAAACAGUCUGAAGGCCAGCUGAGUGGGCCCACCAGGAGGAUGAAGCCCUUUCAUACUGCCCUCUCCUUCCUCAUUUUUGCAGCUACUCUUGGAAUCCAGGCCCAGAUCGUACAUGCGACAGAGACAAGAGAAGUCCUGAAGGCAGAGCAAGGACAUCAGCUUUUUAGCCUGGGCUUUCAAGACUCUUCAGACUGCUGCUUAUCCUAUACCUCACGGGUCCAUUGUUCAAGAUAUAAAAAUUAUUUUCCAACCAGUGGUGGGUGCACCAAGCCGGCCAUCAUCUUUGUCAGCAAGAAGGGGACCUUGGUCUGUGCCAACCCCAGUGAUCUGAGAGUUCAGAAGUGCAUUAAAAGAUUGGAGCAAAACUCACAACCACAGAUCUACAAACAAUAACAUUUGUUUGAGGAGAAGCGUGUAAACUGCCAGCUACUUUCUUUGGUCUUCCCCAAUGACGACCUAUAAGAGGCUCGAAACAUUCAUUUUUAUAGGUGUAUAUAAACAUUUAUUUUUCUGUUCCACUUUAAAGCAGCACACCUAGCCUCGUCACAGAGGGGAAACUUGUCUGUGCCAACCUCAGGCAUCUGAAAACUCUAAAAUGCCUGGAAGGUCUGAAGCUGACCUCAAUGACUAUGCAUAAUAUUUGAUUGAGAUAAAAAGGCAAGGGCUGGAGAGAUGGCUCAGUGGUUAAGCACCUGCUGCUCUUCCAGAGGUCCUGGGUUCAAUUCCUACUUAGAUGACAGCUCAAACCAUCUGUAAUUCCAAUUCCAGGGAGAACCGAUGUCCUAUUCUGUCCUUUAACUAGUAGUAUUUACAGUAUUUUUUUUUUGGUUCUUUUUUUCGGAGCUGGGGACCGAACCCAGGGCCUUGUGCUUCCUAGGCAAGCGCUCUACCACUGAGCUAAAUCCCCAACUCCUACAGUAUUUUUUAUAAAUUCAGUUUGACAUGACCAUCUCGAGCUGUAACCAUCCCAAUUGCCUCAGAAUAAGUCAAGUUCUUCUACUUAGUUUCCCAGCAGAUUAUAAGUGGAUAAACUGUGAGAGUGGCCCUUAGGGCUUUGGGACAUGUCUAGUUCUGAUAGUCACUUAUGACAACCUGGAUACAUUCAACUAGGAUGAAAUCCAUUCUGCCUUAGCCCAUUAAUAUGCCUGUGAGGACCCAGCUGAUCUUCCCACCACCCCUCCCCUCCAGUAAGCCACUAAUAAAGUGCGUCCAUGAAGCCA